UUUGCGGCUAGAUUUUUGUGGAAGUCUUUUAGAUUAAAUAGCUACUUCUGUAAUUGAAGAGGAAGUAAUUUCUGAUGAACAUAAGAAGUUUUGGUUGGCACAUUUCUGGAGGCAAUAUCAAUUCCUAUUUAUUAAUAGACUGCCUGUAAUGAUUCAGACACUUGACAUUACCAAGGAAAUAUUUUAGGACUAAAUUUGACAAAUUGUCUUGUCUGAAAAUUAUUCUUCUGAGAGACUGUUCUGGUGUGAUAUUUCUGUAAUGAUCAGCUGUUUAUAUGGAAGUUGAGGAUGUUAAAAAGAGGGCAGCAGAAGAUUGGUGAAAAUGGUGUAAAGAAUCCAAAUGUAGUUCAAACCAAGCAUGUUGUCACAAAUGGACUAGAAAGCAACCAGGCGCUUGCGCCAGAAGAAAGUUCUGAUCAUGGUGGAGGUGAUGGUCACAGAUUCCUGGUCACUUCAAACUUGUCCAAGAUCAGAGAGAAUCACUUGGCAAAGAGAAGGGACUAUAUUCGACAGAACAAGAUGCCACAGCUGUCGGAACUGUCAGAGAAAGAUUCACCAGAAAACAACAAUGAAGAAAAACAGAUUGCUGCCCCUGUGAUAAAACCAAAGGCUGACAAACCAACAUCAGAGGUGAAUGGUGAUGUGAUAAUGCCAAGUAUACCAGAUGAAUUUCUUCACAAACUUGGUCUCAUGCAAGAUGACAAAAGUUCAGAGGAACUCUCAGACCAAGAGAUAGAGAGUAAGUUUACGAGUCUUUCACUUGCCUUCAAGACUGAUUCUCAGACACUAGAGAAACGUCUGGAAAUACAGGAACGGUCAAGGGAUAUUGCAGAGCAGAAUGUCGACAAGGAAUUACAAGGUCUGCGUUCUGGUCUUGAGACCCUCAACCAGAUAUGUACGGAUCCCCAAGUACGAGAAGUCCUUACAAAGAUACAGAACCAUAUCGAAAUACUAGAGAAAUCCACAGCACGAGUUUCCAGUCGAGCUGAAGUAUUUGGCGCUAUACAGCAGGAGAAAAGAAUGAGUAAAGCUGUAGAUAUAAUGGUGCAUCAUGUAGAGAACAUUCGUAGAGUACAUGAACGAGAACAUGCAGAGUUGGAAGAGGCUAGAAAAUUAUUACAAGACAGUAGAUCACUGGCUCCAUCGACCAUUGAUUUGCCAGGAGGUGGUGACAUGUUGUCAAGACGAUCCGCCUCGGUCUGUCAGAACAACAUGUUUGGAGGAAAAUUAUCCCCACAAGGGGGUCCAACUUGGAACCCUUUGACCCCUUCUACAGCAAAAGCAAUAAAACUACUAAAGGCAUCAAGGAGACGAGUGAGUGAGAUAGCGCUGCCUAAAGUGCUGGGAGGAACUGGGGCAGCUACACUACAUCCUUCAGCUUCUAUGGAUUCAUUUUACACUGAGCCUCGUUCCCCACGUGUUCCCAGUCUGUAUCGGACUGGAACUGACAGCUCGAUAGAUGAGGAUGAGGGUAACAUGCACACAGCUCAUAUCGACUCUGAGUCAAACUCUCUUCGUCCUCCUAACUUUGAAGCAGAUGCAAGGACUAGAUUCCAGACAGUGAUUGCAUCGACAACGGUGAAAACAGCUGUAGCAAAUACCUUGCGUCGAGCAUCACUGGAGAAACAGAACCACGUAAAGUCUGUCUCUCCCGUCAUUACACCACAAGUGUCCAGAGACAACUCGGCAGAGAGUGCAAACAAACAUACUGAUGUUAACAAACAUACUGAUGUUCAAGACAAAGAAAAACAGAAGAAUUUAGAAGAAGAAGCUUUUAAAAAGGGGUAUGAGCAAGGUAUGCGAGCAAGUCUGGGUCAAGAUCUUUCCAGUCUUCGGGAACAGCAGAAUCAUAUUAACGAAAGUCUCGGAGAAAUAAUGGAUUCCAUUGAUAACCAGAUGGAGGAACCAAAGAGCCUGAAGGAGUUGUUAACCGAGCGUUUCCAUGAGACAGUACCAAAGAUUAAAAUCUCUGGUUGGAGAAUUAGGAUGACAAUGGGCUGUUUCUUCAUCGUCAUGGCAGUACUAUCCGUGAUUGUGUCACUAUUUCCCGUCAGCUCGGCAUCGCUUCUAGGAUACAGACAUUAUGGCAGACCACCACUUUAAUGAUUGAAGUUACAUAGUUAUUUUUCAAAUUUUUAUUCUGGACAAGCUUUAAUUUGAUUGUCUUUCGGACUCGUUUUAUUUUCGAAAAUUAAGGGACAUCUGUUAAAGAUGGCUCUAGAUUUAAUAUAAAACUGAUGAAUGUGUUGUUAAUGCUGAGCGGUAUUGUCAUACAGAAGAUGUGCGUUUUGUUGAUUUCGUAGUGAUAAUUUGGAAGUUAGCAAAAUAUGCAGCAAUCAAAAACAUUUUUAUGCAGAAAUUCUUAUGAACUCUGCUUUGAAUUUGAGCCGCACCAUGAGAAAACCAACAUAGUGCAUUUGCGACCAGCAUAGUCCAGACCAGUCUGCGCGGAUGAGCAGGCUGGUCUUGAUCCAUGCUGGAUGCAAAUGCACUAUGUUGGUUUUCUCGUGGUGCUCAUUUUGAAGUUAGAUGUCUUGUAUGCAGUAUGACUUAGGUAAAGGGGAACUUUACACCAAAACAUGUUUUUAUGGUCAUUCUGGCAUUAAUGUCAAUAAAAAUGCAACUUGAAUAUGGAUUUGGAAACAAACCUUUGAUUCAGAUGCACCUCUGAACAAUAUUUCUGAUGACAUUUUUAGCUCGACUAUUCAUAGAAUAGUAGAGCAAUUGGACUCGCCCAUGCGUCGGCGUCGGCGUCCGCAUCCGCGUCCCGAUUUGGUUAAGUUUUUGUAUGUAAGCUGGUUUCUCAGCAACCACUUGUGGGAAUGGAUUGAAACUUCACACAGUUAUUCACUGUGAUAAACUGACUUACAUUGCACAGGUUCCAUAACUCUGUUUUGCUUUUUUACAAAAUUAUGCCCCUUUUUUGACUUAGAAAUUUUUGGUUAAGGUUUUGUAUGUAAGCUGGUAUCGCAGUAACCACUUGUGGGAAUGGAUUGAAACUUCACACACUUAUUUACUGUGAUAAACUGACUUACAUUGCACAGGUUCCAUAACUCUAUUUUGCUUUUUUACAAAAUUAUGCCUCUUUUUCCACUUAGAAUUUUUUGGUUAAGGUUUUGUAUGUAAGCUGGUAUCUCAGUACUCACUAAUGGGAAUGGAUUGAAACUUCACACACUUGUUCACUGUCAUGAUCUGACAUGCACAAAGCAGGUCCCAUAACUUUAUUUUGCUUUUUUACAAAAUUAUGCCCCUUUUUCAACAUAGAAAUUUUUGGUUAAGUUUUUGUAUGUAAGCUGGUAUCUCAGUAUCCACUAAUGGGAAAGGAUUGAAACUUCACACACUAGUUCACUGUCAUGAUAUGACAUGCAGUGCAAAGGAUCAAUAACUCAACUUUGCAUUUUACAAAAUUAUGCCCCUUUUUCAACUUAGGAGUUUUUGGGUUAAAUUCUUUUAUGUAAGCUGGUAUCUCAGUACCCACUAAUGGGAAUGGAUUGAAACUUCAUACACUUGUCCACUGUCAUGAGCUGAUAAGCACUUUGCAGGUUCCAUAACCCUAUUUUACUUUUUUACUAAAUUAUGCCCCUUUUUCGACUUUCUUAUUCAUUCAAGCGACAAGGCUGUUAAAUAGUCGAGCGUUGCUGUCCUCCGACAGCUCUUGUUGUUUGAUGUAGUUAAUAGUUCCACAAUCCUGCCAGAAAAAAAGGUAGAUGUGCUUCCUUUAUUUUUCGAAAUUUUUUCAUUAAGGUAGUGCUGCAUAUUUGAUGAACUGGAAUGGAAAGUCAUGGUGUUAACCUUGUUCAUCUGAGGGGCCUCCGUGGCCGAGUGGUUAAGGUCGCUGACUUCAAAUCACUUGCCCCUCAUCGAUGUGGGUUCGAGCCUCACUUUUCUUCAUGUGAGUGAAAUGGUCUCUGAUGUGCACGUUUAUAAAAAUGGCAACAUUAUUUUCUUUCUAAAGAGAAAUAAUGAUAACAAAAAUAUUCACAUGAGAAAUGCCUUCAAAUUUGGGGUCUUUCAAAAUACUGGUAAAUAUUUCAAAAAUAUGUUGAUUUAUAACUGAAAAGUUUCAUUAAAACUCACAUUGUAGAAAAAUACCAAUUUGCAAAAUGUCAUCAAAAUUGAGAUUUACUGACCCCAUUAUGAAGGUCUGCAUAAAGUCCAAAUUUUUUCAAAUCUGUCUACAGCAAAAUCAGGCACACAACACUAUCUUUUUUACUCGUCAGAUUUUCUAAGUAUAUUCUAAAGUUCCAAAAAGAUAAGGUUUAUUCAAAUUUUACAUUUUAGAAAAGGUUUUGAAUCCAAACAUGCAGAACUACCUUAAAUCUAAGAGCAAGCAUUUGAAGGGAAAGAGAGAAGGAUAGAAUUGCAAAGAUUUAACUACACUGUAGUUGCAGAUUGAAUGAGAAUGGUGCUAUUUAUAUGUUAUUCAAGAGUUCAGGUUCUAGAUCUGUGUAUUGCAUUAUUUGUAACUUUGUAUUUGUUAUUUUUCUCUGAUCAUCUUUCACUGGUACAGUAGACACAACAUACAAUACCAUUUUUCCAGCUGCAUUUCACAGGAUGAUUCAUAAUAUCCUAUAGUCGUAUUUUGUAGUGCUACAAAUAAGCUAUAUACAAGUUUAUUACAACUUUCUUUAAACAGUAACUGUACCAUAGAUGUAUAACUGUAUCAUAAGAAUAUCUUCUAUCCAGUCAACUGUACAAUAUCUCUAGAUUUGAUUAUUAUGUCUCCCCCAGGAGACAUAUUGUUUUUGCCCUGUCCGUCUGUACGUCCGUACUUCACACUUCAUUUCCGAGCAAUAACUGGAGAACCAUUUGACCUAGAACCUUCAAACUUCAUAGGGUUGUAGGGCUGCUGGAGUAGACGACCCCUAUUGUUUUUGGGGUCACUCCGUCAAAGGUCAAGGUCACAGGGGCCUGAACAUUGAAAACCAUUUCCGAUCAAUAACUAGAGAACCACUUGACCCAGAAUGUUGAAACUUCAUAGGAUGAUUGGCCAUGAAGAGUAGAUGACCCCUAUUGGUUUUGGGGUCACUCAGUCAAAGGUCAAGGUCACAGGGGCCUGAACAUUGAAAACCAUUUCUGAUCAAUAACUAGAGAACCACUUGACCCAGAAUGUUGAAACUUCAUAGGAUGAUUGGUCAUGAAGAGUAGAUGACCCCUAUUGAUUUUGGGGUCACUCCAUCAAAGGUCAAGGUCACAGGGGCCUGAACAUGGAAAACCAUUUCCGAUCAAUAACUAGAGAAGCACUUGACCCAGAAUGUUGAAACUUCAUAGGAUGAUUGUACAUGCAAAGUAGAUGACCCCUAUCGAUUUAGGGGUCACUCCAUUAAAGGUCAAGGUCACAGGGGCCCGAACAUUGAAAACCAUUUCGGGUCAGUAACUUGAGAACCACUUGACCCAGAAUGUUGAAACUUAAUAGGAUGAUUGGUCAUAAAGAGUAAAUGAACCCUAACGAUUUUUGGGUCACUCUGUGAAAGGUCAAGGUCACAGAGGCCCGAACAUUGAAAACCAUUUCCGGUCAGUAACUUGAGAACCACUUGACCCAGAAUGAUGAAACUUCGGAGGAUGAUUGGUCAUGCAGAGUAGAUGAACCCUAACGAUUUUAGGGUCACUCUGUUAAAGGUCAAGGCCACAGGGGCCUGAACAUGGAAAACCAUUUCCAAUCAAUAACUUGAGAACCUCUCGACCCAGAAUGUUGAAACUUCAUAGGAUGAUUGUUCAUGCAGAGUAAAUGACCCUUAUUGUUUUUGGGGUCACUCCGUUAAAGGUCAAGGUCACAGGGGCCUGAACAUUGAUAACCAGUUCUGAUCAAUAACUUGAGAACCACUUGACCCAGAAUGUUGAAACUUCAUAGGAUGAUUGAACAUGCAUAGUAGAUGACCCCUAUUGAUUUUGGGGUCAGUCUAUUAAAGGUAAAGGUCAUAGUGGCCUGUUCAUGUAAAAUCAUUUUUUGGAAAUAACUUGAGAACCACUUGACCUACAAUGUUGAAACUUAAUAGGAUGAUUGGACAUGCAGAGUAGAUGACCCCUAUUUAUUUUGAGGUCACUUGAUCAAAGGUCAAGGUCACAGGAGCCUGAACAGUGACUUGAGAACCACUAGGCCACGAGUGUUGAAAUUUAGCGGGAUGACUGGACAUGCCAAGUAGAUGAUCUCUAUUGCAGCCAACCAUCAGUGUCUCUUUGACUUUCGCUCCUGACCCCUAUUGACUUCUUGCCUAUAGGACUUUGCAUUGGGGGAGACAUGCGCUUUUUUACAAAAGCAUUUUCUAGUUGUAAUCUGUGUUAAGAUAUCUCUUAUUAUUGAUUAGAAAUAGUUCACAACCAAAAUCUUGUAUGACUUGACCAGCUAACCUUUUCUGAUUUUACAUUCUAAAAUGUUUAUGAUCCAGCUUUUUUGAUUGUCUGUCGUCUGUCUGUCCACAGUUUCUUGUGAACAAGAUAGAGACCACAUUUUGCAAUCAAUUUUAAUCAAACUAGCUCACAAUUUGUAUUGGGGUAAUAUCUGGGUUCCUUUCGAAAACUGGCCAUAUCCCAUCGAUUGCAUAGCAUGAGUGAUUUGUUUUCUUCAAACAACUGCCCAUUAUAUUCACUGAUAAAGAUAUAGAUGGUCUGAUUCAUUUAUUUCUAUUUUACCCAUUCAAAAUUUUGCACUUAUUGUUGAAUUACAUUUUAGUAUUCUGUCUAUAGGCAAUUCAGAAUCUGAUGAGGUGUAAAAUAAAGGAAUUUAUAUACUAGUAAUCAAACAACUCUCAAACUACUUGUCAACAGAAUUUUCAAUACAAAAAAUGGCAGAGAUUUUGAUAUCUGACCCAUUGAUAUGACACAAACUUGCGCGUGACAGCACAUGUUAUGACGACAUAUUUUUAUUGACAUCUCUGCCAAGUCGUACUUUAGCCAAGUUGGGUCGUCGGCAAUGUCGCAGAGAUCUUUACAUAUUUAUGGCCAUGCAUAUAUAAGCCAAUACAUAUUUUCGAAAUGUUGUUUUACUACUGUUUGGCCCUGGAAUACGGUAGUUUAUAUAUAAUGGAAUACCUGGUAAAGGUAGAACCUGUAUGUUACAGUCAUUGCAGGUAAAAUAUAACCGCCAAGUAUAUCUUAAGACAAGGUUACAUAGGUUCUUUGCUAUAUUAUAAUAUAGCAGUUCCUAUGGAUCAUGUUAGAGUAGUGUAAUAUUUCUAUGAAACUAGCGGUAUGUGUCGUAUAAUGCUGACACCUUACUUAUUUGAAAGCUAUCAUCUGACAUGUUGGUGAAUCUUGCAAAUUGGGAACUACUCUACCUGUAGUUCAUUAUUUCAUAUUUUUUCCUCCUUUUCCUUUCCUGUUUAUAGGAAAUCCACAGCUUAUGUGAUAUGUAUAUACCGAAUACACUAAGAUUAUACCUGUUGUUACCAUACUGUGUAUAUAGUGUUACAAUUCCAUUGUUGUUAAUAAAAUGUUCAUUUUAUCAAAGA